AUGAGUUUACAACUCAAUUAUAGUGGCAAUGGCAGUUCGGAGCGGGAGGACGCGGGAGGAACUGAUGAAACAGGUGAACACGACUUUGCGCUUCUAAAAGCUGGAGUUUUGGGAUCGAUUUUUGUUUUAGCCACAUGUGGGAAUUUGUGCCUUCUACAUGCACUUUGGAGGAAGCGCAAGAUGAAUACAAGGACCCAUCUGUUCCUUCUGCACCUGUGCUUCGCGGACCUAGUGGUCGCUUUCUUCCAAGUCCUACCGCAGCUCUGCAUGGAGAUUACACACCGGUUCCGAGGCUCAGAUUUCGUCUGUAGGUCGGUGAAAUAUCUUCAGGUGGUUGGGAUGUUCGCCUCCACAUACAUGAUAGUGGCCAUGACCAUAGAUCGGUACCAUGCGGUCUGCAAACCCAUGGUGUCGUUCUUGAAGGGUUCCUUUAAGAGGUACGUCGCCAUAGGCGCAGCGUGGCUGAUCUCUCUGGCUUUCAGCACUCCGCAACUCUUCAUCUUCUCUCUCCAAGAACUAGAGGACAACCUGUAUGAUUGUUGGGCGACAUUUAUCGAACCUUGGGGUUCUAAGAUAUACAUCAGCUGGAUCACUUUAUCAGUGUUUGUUCUCCCGGUUAUCAUCUUGCUGUACUGCCAGAUUAAAAUAUGCACGGGGAUAUACUUCAACAUGAAGAGAAAGGCGCUCCAGGCUUCCACGAGCGACAGGCGCACGGGCACCAAAGGGGUCUCGAGCGCGAUGUUGAAGACGGUCAAAAUGACAUUCGUCAUCAUUAUGGUCUACUCGAUAUGCUGGAGCCCCUUCUUUGUGGUCCAGUUGUGGUCUGCAUGGAGUCCCAGUACAGCGCCCACAAAUGGUCCACUGUUUGUCAUCAUCAUGCUGCUUGCCAGUCUAAACAGCUGUACCAACCCCUGGAUCUAUCUUUACUACAGCUAG